AAUGGUGAAGUUGUAGAGCGAUUUGUUGGUCUUGUCCAUGUUAGCGAUACAUCGGCAUCAUCAUUGAAGGAAGCAAUCUAUUCUUUACUUUCAGAGCACUCACUAAGUCCAUCUAAAAUACGUGGACAAGGUUAUGAUGGGGCUAAUAAUAUGAGGGGAGAGAUAAAUGGUCUUAAGACUUUGAUUAUGAAAGAUAGUCCAUCAACAUAUUACAUUCAUUGUUUUGCUCAUCAAUUACAAUUAACAUUUGUAGCUAUUGCUAAAAAGCAUUUGGAUGUUGAAGAUUUCUUUUGUCAUGUUACUAAUGUGUUGAAUGUUAUUGAAGGAUCUUUUAAGCGUAGAGAUUCGCUUCGUCUUCUUCAAGCUGAAAAGUUGGAGCAAUUACUUGAGUCCGGUGAAGUUCAUACUGGACAAGGAUUAAAUCAAGAACGGGGGCUUCAAAGACCAGGUGAUACUCGUUGGGGAUCACAUUUCAAAAUAUUAGAUAACUUUAUUGUUCUUUUCUCAUCUAUUGUCCGUGUGCUUGAAGUGAUUAAACAUGGAGGUUCUACCUCAAAUGAUAGAAAUCAAGCUAAGUAUCUUCUGAGUGAGAUUAAAACAUUCAAAUUUAUUUUUAUGCUACACUUGAUGUUGAAAGUGUUGUCAUUGUCAAACGAGUUGAGCAAGACCUUACCAAAAAGGGACCAAGAUAUUGUUAAUGCUGUGGAGUUUCUUAACAUUACAAAGAAAAGAUUGCAAGAUAUGAGAGAAAGUGAAUGA